AUGAUGCUUUUGUCAUUACGAAAAGCUAUUUUAGUUGCCAUCCUUUUCCAAUUAUCAUUUUCUUCACCGGUUUCGACUGAUAGUUUACGAAAAGUAGCAUCGUCGUCUUUGCAAUUUGGAGCUGCAUCUACAAUUAACAGUACUGGCGAUGUACCUUCUAUACCUCCUUUAUCAACGACUAUUCCUCACGGGCCAACUGUAACGAGCCUAACGAAUUCAACAGCUAUAAGUGGUAAAAAUGAUACAAGAAAUUAUUCAACAGCUAUAAGUGAUAAAAAUGAUACAAUAAGAAAUAAUUCAACAGAUAUAAAUGGUAAAAAUGAUACGACAGGAAAUGAUACUUUACCAUACAUUGAUCCAUCGACACCUCCAGUGACCAUUACAAUCACUACUCCUGCUCCUGCAAGGAAUCUUUUAUUUAAGAUAGGGGCGAAUAUCACUUUUGCUUGGAAAUAUUCUGCAAAUUUUUCCAUUAAACCAAAAUAUAUUAACGUUCUCGCUCAGCCAUCUGUAAAUUCGGAACAAUAUUUUACAAUUAUUGCUAAUGCUUCUGGAACUAUCACUUCUGCAAUUUGGAAUACAGCAGAGGAAACAUCUUUACCGGUGACUAAAUAUAAAUUAUACAUAUUUGAUGAACGAGGAAAAGACGCUAGUAUAUCACCUGGUAGACUGUGGCCAUUUUCUGGUCUCUUUUUCUCAUUAUAUCAACCACAGGAUCGCACAGACAUUUCAC